AUGACCAGAUGGAAAGAUGCCACGCUGUACGAGUUAGAGUCGAGCCCUAUCGCCACCCAUUACGUGAACCUCGACCUCUGUCGAAAGGAGGAUGUUUUACGAGGGGGCUGGAAAUUGCGGGGGUGCUGGUAUCAUUAUGACAAGCAGGUUAUCGGUCCGCACGGUCCCCUUUUACCCAUCCGGGUGGAACAGUUAAGUGAAGGACCAGGCCUUUUCAUUUUCCGAGACUACAUUCCACUCGGCUGGAUUCCAAAGUUACAAAAUUAUGUAGUUCCAGUAAUGCGAGCCGAACAGGUACCACCCACAUCCGACUGGCCUGCGGGUGAACCGAGCAUGGCUAACUUUGCGUGGAUCCACGAUGCUGACAUAGGAAAUGCGACGGGUGUCUGGCUUGGGCGCAAAGUAGAAUUGACCACCGGUCUCAAAGCUGUCGGUAUCCUGUCUGAGCGCCUUAAGGUCGCAUUGUACUCAUUAGUAGCUGAAUUAUCGCCCCAUCAUGACGCACAUUUGACCUUCUCAAGCGUUCCUAUUGACCCGAAAAACUAUAUUGAUUAUGCUGCAACUCUACUUAUUUACCUGAACACAGUGGAGCGUGGUGGCUCAACGGUAUUUCCCGCAGCCGGGAUCGCGGUUGCGCCACGAAAAGGCAACGCUCUGUAUUAUCACUUGCUAUGGCGAAAUGGAACCAUAGAUAAGAGAUGGGUCUAUGCAACUUGCCCAAUUCCACUCGGUGUAAAGUGGACUACUACAAAGUGGAUCAGAGAUAGUGAAAAUAUUUUGAAUAGAAAUUGUGAUGUUGACCAAAAUGUCUAA